AUGACAGUCUCAGACUAUACCCUCAAGCACCCAGAGCUAGGCAGCAUUAUCGGCUUAGCUAGAGACGAUGAUGUUGUUCAGUUUCGCGGUAUCCCAUUCGCGUCUGUUCCUGGUCGCUUUCGCCAGAGCAUCUUGAGAGCCGGGCCAUUACCUUCGCAGCCAUUCAAUGCUCGCCAACCAGGUCCAGAAUGUCCCCAAUUAGUCCUACCCUUUCCUUCAUACUGGACUGCGCCACCACCCAGUGGGUAUCCCGCCCUAGAAAAGCCCAUCCAAGAUGAGUUCAACUGUCUGAACCUAUCCAUCACCGCACCACGCAAGACUCUAGAAUCCGGCCAGAACGUUCCUGUACUGGUCUUUAUCCAUGGCGGUGCUUUCAUGGGCGGAAGUCAGUCAAUCCAGCUAUCUGGACGCGAGAUCUACGAUGCUACCGAUCUAGUAAGGGCAAGUCUCGCUCGGGAGCAGCCAAUCGUGGUGGUCACUAUCAACUACCGCGUGGGACUUCUUGGCUUCCUCACUUCGGAAAAGCUGGCUGAGAGGAGUCGUGCUCAUGGUGAGGCAGUUGGCAACUACGGACUUCAUGACCAACGGCAGGCACUGGAAUGGGUCUCUCGAUUCAUCGGUGGGUUCGGAGGUGCUUCUGAUCGCAUCACUAUUCAUGGAACUAGCGCAGGCGGUGCCUCGUGUCAUUACCAGGUUAACUUCCCUAAUCGCAAGUUCCAGAGCGCUAUUCUCUCCAGUGGAACGUCUGUCGGUAUCGCAUCUCGGCCUAUGCCAUGGCAUCAGGAGCGCUUCGACUAUGUGCUAUCCCAACUACCAAGCCUGAAAGCGGAUGAUUCUCUACUUGAAUCAUUGGUAGAUCUUCCUCUGGACCAGCUCUUGCCAGCAUCGCCGCCAUCACUCUACAGCCCACUCGUUGACGGUGAGUGGGUUCCCGAGGCGGGUCUCAAACCGACACUGGAAAAGUUGGGCAAGGCUGGUGAGCCCUUACCGAAUUUGAUGAUCGGUGCAACAGAAUAUGAGCGAGAUCUCACGUUGAUGCUAUUGUCUGAUCUGUCGAAGCCUCUGCCGCAUCCCCCUCUACCAGAGGCACAGAUACUCCCUAUUGCGCGGGAAGUGCUUGCGGGUAGCGCCAUGACGCCUCAGUUGAACUCUGACGACAGUCCCUUCUGUGUUUCUGAAGUUGCCCAAGCGUAUAACCUGACUCGAGAAAAGUCUUGCUUAGACUCAUUCGAGGACCUAGCAGGCCUAAUGGCGGACGUGGCAUUCCGGACUCCGCCAAUUUACUCGGCAGGAGUCAUCAAGAAGCACCAGAUUGCGCACGAUCAUUCGUCACACGUGCUUCUCUACGAGAUUCAAGCUACGAACCCGUAUAAGAAUUGGUCACUUGGCUACAAGAGAGCCAACCAUGGAAUUAAUGACAUCUUCCUCUUCAACCCAGCAGAAGACCAGGUCCCAGCUGAACACCUUGAGAACUGGGUGUCUACCGUGGGCCAGAUCCGCGCUGCGUGGCUUGACUUUUGUUAUGGAAAAGCGCCUUGGGCUCCGUUCGAGUGGUCGGAGGAUGUUGAAUCGCUUGGGGGUAUUUACGUGUUCCCAGAUGGUGGGGUGGGCAGAUUGUGCAAGACGUUGGAUGAUGUCGAUGGUACAGCUACAGCUACGCGAUGGCGUGCACUUUUGAAGACUUCUCUCGAAUGUAUUUAG